AUGCUUCGCCAAGUAAAACCUCGCAACGCCCGCUCCAAGCGGGCGCUCGAGAAGCGCGAGCCCAAGGCCAUCGAGAACCCCAAGACGUGCCUCUUCCUGCGCGGCACGUCGUGCUCGCAGGUCGUCCAGGACGCGCUCAACGACCUGCACUCGCUGCGCCUGCCGCUCGCGAAAAAGUUCACCAAGAAGAACCCCAUCCACCCCUUCGAGGACGCCUCGUCGCUCGAGUUCUUCUCCGAGAAGAACGACGCCAGCCUGCUCGUCUUUGGCAGCACGCAGAAGAAGCGGCCCCACGCCAUCACGUUCGUCCGUACUUUCGGCCACAAGGUCCUCGACAUGCUCGAGACGUACCUCGACCCGGAGUCGUUCCGCUCCAUGGCGCAGUUCAAGAAUAAAAAGUUCGCCGUCGGGCUGCGGCCCAUGCUGCUCUUCGCGGGCUCCGCGUUCGAGAGCCCCGUCUCCAACGAGUAUACCCUCGCCAAGAGCAUGCUGCUCGACUUCUUCAAGGGCGAGCCCUCGGACAAGAUCGACGUCGAGGGCCUGCAGUACAUCGUCUCCGUCACGGCCGAGGACGCCGUCAGCGGCGGCGACGACGCCAAGCCCGCCAUCCACCUGCGCGUCUACCUCAUCCGCACCAAGCGCAGCGGCCAGAAGCUCCCCCGCGUCGAGGUCGAGGAGAUUGGCCCGCGCAUGGACCUGCGCGUCGGCCGCGUCCAGGAGGCCGACGAGUCGAUGCUCAAGGAGGCCAUGCGCAAGGCCCGCGGCACCGAGGAGAAGACCAAGAAGAACAUCACCACCGACUCCAUGGGCGACAAGAUCGGCCGCGUCCACCUGGGCCGCCAGGACCUGAGCCAGCUCCAGCUCCGCAAGAUGAAGGGCCUGAAGCGGUCAAGAGGCGACGACGAGCCCCGCGAGGACAUCGUCGAGGAGGAUGCCAAGAGGACCAAGCACUGA